AUGCUUGUUCUGGACGAAGAGCUACAGUCAAUUAGAACACACCAGCGACAUUUCCUCGAAGUUGUCAUGGAUAUCAACUUGUCGGGAUGGAUGCGUCGACUGUGGACCUUGCACGAGUCGGUCCGGGCCCCCAAGAUACAUUUUCAGUUCCAAGACGGAACUAUAAGCAGAGAGGCCAUGCUAAAUCAUGCAAGGAGCGUUAUAACAUCCGGACCCCGCUCUGUAACAACGCCGAAUUAUCGCAAGGCCUUCAUCAGCGCUACUUCCAACUUGUUCACGACGAUGCGCAUUAACGAAGAGUCCAAUGGCGCAGUUCGACUAGCCCACAUGUGGGUCCUGCUCCGCUGGAGGCACACCAGCUGGCCAGAGGACGAGACGAUCUGCAUGGCAAACGUGCUCGGCCUGGAACGGGAUGUAGUAGACAGCGAGCUUCUGCAGGCUCCGCCCGACGCUCGCAUGAAGGUUUUCCUCCAGAAGUUCAACUUGUACCCGGCGAACCUACUGUUCCUGGACGUCCCGCGCCUUGAACAACCGGUAUUACUGGCGUUCAGUUUCGUCAGUGGACGGGUGUCAAUCGCCGUGUUUGGGCUGCCGCCGAUUACAAGAUUCUCCUAG